AUGGGGCCUGCUUCACGCGCUGAACCCCUUGAACCCCAGUCUACGUUGCAUCUCAGAAGCGCCAACAUGCAAUCUGAAACAACCGGUGAUGCCCGACAGCUGCUUCCCCAAAAACGAGCUCUCGAUUGCCUCGGGACCCCAGACGUGGACGUGCGGUGCAUUCACCGCAGGCAGAGAUUCUCGCUCUCUGACAUCCUCGUGGAACUGUCCGACGAUAUCUUGGGCGUUUUCUUGCCCUUCUUGGGUGCUUCAUCCCAACUGGCACUGUUGGCUGUGAAGGCGUGGGAGUCCGUGGCGAUUCUCUCACACUGGCGGAGGCGGUGGUGCCAGCCAGGCAACCUACACCGCUCAUCAGUUGCGAGCCCAGAUGAUAUGGAUGACGUGUACGGGUGCGAACGGUGUCAACCUCUCUAUGACGGCGCGGUCUUUGUGAGCCACUCCAUCUUGGUGCUUUAUGAAGAUAACAACACACAUGGGACGUUUCAUGCCUUGGACCUGGGGAGGGGGGAAUAUUUCGAGCUGUAUCCCGACCAGGGGCCUGGCUACAUCUAUGACCCAGAGGGUGAGCCUGACCGAUUUCACCGGUCCCUCCAGGCCCUGAGCGGUGGAAACGGCUACCUUGCGGCCGCCAUGAUUGAUAAGGGAGGCCCUUGCUGUGCAGUUUGGCAUGUGACAGAACCCGGAGGUGAGCUCGACUUGGAACUGGUGUGCUUUCUGCAGGUUUUGAAGGAGCCUUUCACCAUUGACCUGGAAAAGCGAUCUGUGCAAAUUUGUCAAAUUACGCAAGCUGGGGGUCCGAAAACAUUUCGGUAUGGAGUCACCGCAGCGUGUGUGGCCAGCAGCGACAUUCUUGCUGUGGUUGUGCAAGCUGAGUUCGCAGGCGGGAUGUUCAUCGACAAACAGGAGACAGAUGAAGCUGCGCGUCACACGCGGGCAGUUUUCCUUCAGUUCUGGCGCAUGUCGCCUGCGGCAGAGUCCGGUUCAGAGAAUGCAUUGAUGGCUGAGCACGAGCUGCACAAAGUUCCUGUCAUAGCUCACCCCGUGGUGCAGCAGCUGGCGUGUCAUGGUGGUUUAUUGGUCGUCGCGAUGCAUGUCCGUAACUAUUCGGACCUCAUGGAAAACAGGCUGCUAGUCUUCCAUGUGGCAUCGCAGCAGCAGAUCCGUAGCCUAGUGUUAGAAGACGCGUACGUCGGUGACAUUACAUCUCUCGACCUACAUGUAUACAGCGACCAAGGCCGACCGGUCAGUCUGACUUCCGCAUCCAUAGCAGCCCUCCUAAAUGCCGAGCACUUGAAACACACGAUUUUUAGAGACAUCUUCGACGACGAUCCGUACUGGUCGUGCAGCGAAUGCCAAGCCGACCGCAGAGAGCUGCGAUAUGACUUCCCCCGCCCCCCGACCUGCGACUUCUGCAAGUGGCGGAGGGACCUGCUUUCGGACCAUGGCCAUGGAGCUGCCAGAAUAUGUUUUCGGGCUGCUCUGGGUGGGCCUUACGGCUAUGCUGUCUGCGACGACGCCCCCUUCCACCAUCUGCUGGAUCCAUGGUUCUGGCCGUCAGAGGAUGAGAAAGAGUUGCUUUCUUCUGACGAUGGGGGCCCGCUCUCCAUGAGCUCUCUUAGUGGCCCAGAGGAUGGCGAGCCUGAGUGCCUUUGGGACCCCUUUGACAUUUCCGAGAAUGGUGUGCCUUGCAUGCAGAUAGGACGGUCCGAUGAUGACGAUGAGGCGCGCGUGUCACAAGGUGACGUACUUUGCGUCAGUAUAGACAUUCACAAGCUCAUCGUGGUCACGCGGAAAGGGGUGUGCGUGCUUAAGCUGCAUAGAGCACGUGGCACAGACUCCGAAAGGAGCGCGGAAGUCUUGUGGCAGUGCUGUCCCUUCCACGCACAGCAAGACAUCAGAUUUGCGGUGGCUUCAUGGCGCCACUUGGCCAUGGGUGCCUGGCCUGUCCCCACUGCUGACGACCGCGUUCGUACCAAGCUUCUGGUCUGGGAUACUCUCGGGCCUGCGGCCCCUGGCGCGGAAAGCUGCGAGCACCUGCUUGCGGAAAGCUCAUCCUCAAGUGCAGCUAGCAUGGCUAGCUCGAGUGACGAAGGCGAUUGGGAUUCGGGGGAUGAAGCCCCGUGA